UAAUCGCUCAGCGGAAUUACUAUUUGUGCUGACCCGGAAGUAGAUAUUUUUGAUGUAACCUUCUCUUUUGACUCAUGGUUUAAUACUACACAUUUCAUUGCUAUUUCGCGAUUUUUCUUUCCUCUGGUGGAGAAAAUGUUUCUUACCUCCGUGAACUUGGCAAAGGCGAAAUCAAAGACAAUCCUUGUGCAGAUGAUGAGCGCUGCGGGGACGGGCUACUGCUUCAACACUAAGAGAAACCGUCUCAGAGACAAACUAGUGCUGCGAAAAAAUGAUCCGUUUGUGAACAAGCAUGUCCUCUUCUUUGAGAAGAGGAAGAUCAGAUCCAUUUAAACACACCUCACCACAUGGACAAUAAACCUGCAGCGUUUAAAAGAGAACAUUUGCCUGCUGGAUUCCAAAAGAAAACAUCAAGCUGCAGAUACUGUUGAAGUCAAUGUCUGGUCCCCACUUGCACCAAGCCUACGACGACAGAAGCUCCCAGCUAUGAUUCUACUUUGGUACAAUAUGCCUCUUAUGACCAAGUCCUUCAUGUUUUGUCAUUUGUCAUCACAUCAACCGCAACUUUUCAGUUGUGUCUGUCACAAAAUGACCAUCAAGUGCUAUCCCAUGUACUUUUCAAUGAAUAAAUGCUUUGUGUGCGUCAUUUCA